AUGUCAAAGCAAGCUGAAGCUCCAAAGUCUUAAUUUUAUGAUAAAGAUAGCUCCUAAGAUUAAAAGGAAAACCUAAACCAUUUCCAUUCUCUUAAUUUAUAACCAAAUACAAAUACUAGUUAUGAUAGGAAUAAUUCAAUUGAAAUGACUAUUAAAAAGUCAAACACAGAUUUCAACCAUAAUUAGGAUGCACGCAAGCAAUCGGAAAAAAUAUUUUUCUUUAGGGAAAGUGAUAAAAUUAGUUAGCCAAGUUAAGUUAAUGAAUAAAUUCAAACUUUAAACCCUGAAAAUUAGAAGCGAUUGACCGAGUUCCAUAAUAUGUUGAUAACAAAUAGAUUGGCAAAGCAAAACCAAAAUAGAGGAACAUUUGUUACUAGCUCUGGACUAAAUUGCAAUUUUGAUAUUUUCGAUGAUAUAGAAAUUUAAGAGGAUAAAGUUCUCAUUAAAAGAGGAGAUUAAGAAAUUGGUUAGUAUGGUAUAGGUCCUGAACUCAUAAAGUAAAUAGAUGUUGAAGCAGAGAAAAAAAUCCUCGAAGUAUCAAAACCCUUUUACGAAAGAGUCAACCCAUAUCUAGCUUGGUUUUUAGUUUUCUAUGCUACUAUAAAUGCAGCUUGUAUACCUCCUUGGAUUAUGUCAAUUCCAGCUGAAAAAUAUCUUCGUAUUGCUUGGCGUUUCUUUAUGUAAGCAGUUAUGAUGAUUCCUUUUUUAUUGUAUGAGCGUAGAAAUUUACCUGAAGCUAAUCAACACAAAUAUUCUUUCUCAUAUAUAUUCAAAUUAGAAAAUAUGAAAAAGGUUUACUUAGCAUCAUGCUCCCUAUCUAUUCAAUUUACUAUGGUUUUAUUUGCACAAGAUUGGAAUUUCAUUUCCCAUUCUUUAGUGUUAUCUGCAUUAAUUCCAUUUUGUUUCAGUAUUAAUAGAAUUAUUAAAAAAUAAGAAAAUCAUAAUUAUGAAAGUUCUGGUUAAGCAAUGGUCAUUUUUGGUGUGCUUUGCGUUCUUGCUGAUACUUUGAUGUAUGAUCCAUCAGAAGCACCACCCUCUACAGUAAAUUAUAGAAAUGCUAAAGUAUAUUAUCGUAAACCUUGGUAGAGAUUACUUUUUGGUAAUGUAACUACACUUAUAGUUAGUUACAUUCUUUUUAGAAUGUAGAAUCACAGAGAUGAGUCAGGUAAAACUUAUCCUCCUUUCUUAAAUCAGGCUUUGAUUUUUGCAUUUACUUCUGUUAAUAUGACAAUGAGCAGCUAUUUCUUCUCAGGUAGUGACUUGAUUCAUGAUUCUUUUUGGGGAUGCCUUGGUUUAUUCAGUAGUGAGUAAUUUAGUGGAUUUCUGUUUAUGAGUAUAAUUUUAGGUAUGGGUAAUUUCAUCACUUCAGUAUUAAUUAAUAAAAUUUUCAAGCCUAUUAUUCCAGCCACUAUCAGCUUAUUUGAACCUAUAUUCAGUACAAUAAUCCUUCAAUUGGUAGGUGUUCAAAUCAUACCAGGGGGCCUUUCUUGUAUCGGUUACGUUUUUAUUCUACCUGGUUUAUUUGUAAUAAAUUUAGGUUAGUUCUUAUUAAAUGAAAAGAAGAAUCAAAAAUAAAAUGAAGAAAAUAGACAUGAAAUUAUUGAGUAGCUUCAAAAGAAGAUAAAGGAGCUCUAAGAUUAGCAAAAAAGAGAAGAGACCAUUUAUUAGUAAACUGAUAAAAGUGCUGCUUAGUUAGAAAAAAAUUUAAAAUGA